AUGGAACUUGAAAAUUCAUCAUCACUUCCACAUGCUCAUCAACAAAUUCGUUUAGGAGAUAUUCAAGCAUCUAUACAUAAAUGGUCAAAAGCAAUUGAAUAUUAUUUACAUGGAAUAGAAUAUUUUAAAGCGGUUCAAAAUAAUCUAAAUGACGAUAAUUUGAAAUCAAUUAUCGAAGCACAAAUAAUACAAUGUGAAAAAACAAUUCAUUUAUGUCUUUUAAAAGAUCGAUCAGAACAGGCAAUAAAACUUCAACAAGCAGAACGUAUAUCAAAAAUGACUCGUGCACAUUCAACAUCAAAUUUAAAAUCUUCAACAAAAUCAAAUAGCAUGAGACCAAGACAUAAUACAUUACAAUUAGAAAAUACAGUCAUGUUAGGUGGUCAAGGUGGUAUGGAUUCAUUUGCUGCAUUUAUUUUUCCAAAAAAUCAUAAUACUGAUGAAACAAGUCCAACACAAACACCAAUAAAUGCAAAGAAAAAUAAAAAAAAGGAUUCACAUAAAUUAGAAGAAUUACAAAUGAGUUAUGCAGCAUUAAAAACUCAUCUUAAAGAAGCAUUUGAUGAUAUUGAACGACUUAAAUAUGAAAAUAAUCAAUUACGUUUACACCGAGAAAUAAAUAUAAUACGAGAACAAAAUGAAUCAAAAUUAUUUACAAAUAGUGAUGAAGAAAACUCCGAGAAUGAACUUGAACAGACAUUAUAA